AUGAAGAAGUACUGGCCACAGAUCGACAUGGACGGCGUGAUGAACGUGUGGAUCAUGAAACCGGGAAACAAAAGUCGAGGCCGAGGAAUCGUCCUCUUAAACAAAUUGGAAGAUGUGAUGGUGAAGAUGAACCCAUCGAAUAAAUCGGACACACGUUACGUUAUACAGAAGUACAUUGAGAAAGUUAUCUGCGAUUCUGCUCGCAGAAAUUUAGUUUGACGGACUUCCACGAGUCGAUUCAUCUGUGCAAUCACGCGAUCCAGUGCAAGUACACGAACUGCGGCGAUAGGAAUCCUGCGUUACCCUCGGACAACAUGUGGGAUGCCACGACCUUCAAGGAGUUUCUCAAGUAUGAGAGCGUUCUUGCUUCUAUUCAGUCGCGUGAUCCCACUGAAAUUCCCAAACUGACGCAAAUCCUCCGACGCAGAUCCCAAGGACACGACAAAGCGUGGGACGAUAUCAUUUAUCCUGGCAUGAAGCAAGGCCUGGUCGGCUCUUUGUUGGCCAGCCAAGAAGCCAUGGACCGUCGGAAAAAUAGCUUCGAACUGUACGGCGCUGACUUUAUGGUUAUGGAUGACUUUUCCGUAUGGCUGAUCGAGAUCAAUAGCCACCCUGACAUGAGUUACUCGAGCAAAGUCACCACACGCCUGUGCAGGCAAGUUCUGGAGGACACCAUAAAAGGCGCAGCUCUGUCUCUCCAUGGGACUAGGAUAGCUACUUGCGGGAAGAAGUCCAUUUUGAACAACCAAGAGUCGAAAGUUAGCCUUGUUUCGAAAUCUCCGAUGGUAGGCAAACUGGAAUUUAAAUUGCUUACCUGUUUGACGAAGAAGAAAUCAACCGUGCACAAUCAGAUCGGUCCAGUGAUCGUUGAUUUGAUCGAGGAAUUAGAGAUACAACUGGAUCAGGAGUUCUAUGCUUACUACAAGGUGGAUUCGCCUAAGUUGAGGCAAGCUCUGCCAACGAGUGCACCAACAAAGCCCUUAAUAACUGCCGUGCUGAUCGAUAAGCAAGAAUCGACUGUGAAAAGUGCACCUGUGAGCGGCCCAGUGCCUAACGUUAAAUCAAAACCUCCUACGUCGAUUCAGGUAUAUAUUCCAAUCGUUGAAUCGUCCAAUUAA